AUGAUGACAAUGAAGGGUGAACCGGGACCAAGUGGAACGUAUCGUUCAGUUGACCCAGAUGCUGCUUUUGCCUCUGAGGCACUGAAGGGAAGCAAACAGGACGUAGGGAACAAAUGCUUCAAGAUGCCCAAUGAUAAAUCUGAUGAUUUAAAGGAGGACAUGAAGAUCUGCGAAGAUUCAAAUGAGACAAUUUCAGACGAACUAACUGAUUCAAGUUCAUCUCAACAUUCAGAUGAUUUUGCCAUACUCACACCUUGUGAGAUAGGUGACUUUCUUAACUCUGAGACUUCCUCUCAAGAUGAAUAUGGAAACAUAUCGAGUGGCAAACAUAGUUAUGAUGCAAGUGCUAAUUUCAAGAAAAUAUUAGAACAGUCGGAUGUUGAGGAAACUUUGAAUAUUGCAAAAAAUACUCUUCAGAAGGAUAUUAAUCAAAAUGUGAUUGGGGAAACACUUUCCACUUCUCAGAAUUCAACAGCAGUAACCAACAACAAUGAAAGAUCUGCUUAUCAAUUUGAAAUCAACAAUAAUGUAAUUUCUGGUCGAAAUGUUACGCAGAAUAUUCCAAAUAAGGGAAGUAAGUGUGAACACAAAGAUGGAAAUGAGGCCAAUGUUUCAUUUAAAACAAACGAAAAAGGAAAAAUUGGACCAAAGUUUUUCAAGAAGGGAAAGAAAACCAAUCAUGAAAAUGCAAUUGAAGAGCGUAAGUCUGAGUUUAAACCAGACAUCUCUGCAAAUGAAAGCAAAUAUUUCGAAACUCAGCAAACAGAAACUCCAUCUACCAGUCAAAUGGAGCAAACAUUCAAAGAAAUCAAGAAUGAUGCUAAAGCAACACUAAAAGCUAAAGCCAAAUCUGGAGGCAAAUAUAAAAUCAAAUCAGGAUACAUGUCAAAAGACAAAUGUGAUGAAAAAUUUGAGAUGAAGUCUGGAAACGAUUUUAAAAAGAAUGUAAAAAUGCUGAUUGGAGGCGAUGGUGGAUUCAAAGGAGAUAAUUCUGAAGGAAAUACUGGAGACAUUCCUACAGAAAAUACUGGAGCCAAGCGUGCUUUUCGCGGGGCAAAGUACUUCGCCCGGAUGAAAUUCGGUUCUCGUGGACCGCAGCCUGUGGACGAGGCUGCUGCCAGCACCAGCGGCGGUGGCAGCAAGAAGGGUGGCAAGGGUGACAAGGGCGACCAGGGUGGCAAGGCUGCCCAAAAUGAGGACCUGGCGAAGCAAGGCCCCUCCAACGCGCCCGCCGCGUGA